AUGGACGGCAAUGCGGUUGUGGCCGCCGACCUCCAAUCCGGCGUUGGUCCAUCUCCGACCUUGCCCAUCUUUACGCUCAAUGGCCGCGUUGUGAUCGUUACCGGCGGUGCCAGUGGCCUUGGGCUCGUCAUGAGCAAGGCCAUCGUCGACACCUAUGUCUUCUCGCAAUCAAAAGGAGAUCAAGCUGCCAUCCAAGCAGUGAAUCUGACCGAAGUCUUUAAGGCUCAGCAUUCUUCAAGGCCGCCUCCUCUCAUCACGGCCCACUACGCCGACGUCUCCGACCCUGCCUCCGUAUCAUCUUGCGUUGCCGACGUUGUGGCCCGCCACGGCAAGGUUGACUCCCUCGUCACUUCGGCAGGUUUUACCGAGAACUGGCCCGCCACAGAGUACCCUGUCGACCGUAUGCGUCGCCUCUGGGCCGUCAACGUCGACGGUACCCACCUCUUUGCCGUCGAGGUCGCUCGUCACCUCAUGGCGAGGAAGGUCGGGGAAGCAUGGUCUUCAUUGGCAGCAUGUCAGGCGCCAUCGUCAACAUUCCUCAGCCCCAGACGCCGCCGUACGGCACUUGGCCUCCUCCUCGCGGUUGAAUGGGCCACUGCGGGUAUUCGCGACGGAAAAAUCCUCGAGGAGCGCCCGGAUCUCAAGGAAAAGUGGAUCGGCGGCAUCCCCAUGGGCCGUAUGGGCAAUCCGCAAGACCUCAUGGGCCCGGUAACCUUCCUCCUCUCCGAUGCGUCUCGAUACGUCACCGGCGCUGAUCUUAGGGUCGAUGGCGGUUAUACCGCGAUAUAA